UUGAAACAGGUGGGUUUUGGGUGAUUUCUUCUGGGUGAUUUCAAGUUUUGGGUGAUUUCAAGAGUUUGGAAAUUAUAUUUUUGAAAAUUCAGAAGUUUCUAAAAUUUUCAAAAACUGAAAAUCAAAAUCAAGAGUUUUCGAAUUUGGCUUGCUACUUUCUUUCUAUCUCUCUUUAUAGAAUUAAAUUUUUGGGAAUAUUUAUACCUUGGUCCAUCCAAUUCAGAAGCCCGAUCGAGAUAAUCCGGUUUUUUUUUAAUUUUGAUCUAAAAACUCAUAAUUUUCUCUCACAAAUAUUUUUAUAACUUUUCUGACCAAUUUUCAAAAACUGAAGAUCGAGUUUUUCCUGUCACUGACACAUCAACAUUUUUUAAACUUGUGCCAGGUCUGAAAAGUUAAACUGCCUUAACAUGAAUCAAGUACACAAUUCAAGCAAAAAAAAAAUCAAAAUUCAGCUUUGUUGAAAUGAAGCCUGAAACUUUUGACAUAGAAAUUUUAAAUUGCACACAAAAAAUAUAUAGAACAUUUUAUGACAAUGAACUGACCUUAUGAUUAAUAUUCUCUCUCUCUAUUCCAAAAUGUCUAUAAUUUUCAGAUGUUAUCGGCGUCAAUUGUGGAGCACGCGGCUCUCGGUUUCGCGUUCGCCGUUCUCUCGCUUUUCGUUUUGGCAUUCGCCGUCAUCGCAAUUGUUCUUCUCACAAUUUCCCAUUCUUGCUGGUAUAGAUGUGGUGAGCGCCCACACUUCAUUCUUGACAGAAUCUUUCUCUCUCCCUCCCAAAAAAAUUCAAUUUCCUUUUCUUUUUGUCUCCACAUCAAUGAUCAUGCACUUUUUCUUAUAUAUUCAUUUUCAAAAAAAAAAGAAGAAGAACAUGUCUGGAUGAAAAAUUGGGAUUCUCUGAAAUUGAUGCAAAUUAAAGUUUUUGCAGACACUGAAAAUGAUCCAUUGAUGGAAGACUACAACACGUUGUUUUUGGAUUGCCAGGAGCCAGAAUACGAUGAGCCAAUUGAUACGGUAGUUGGCUACACCCCAAAAAAUGCGGAUAUUGUAUAA